AUGGCAAAACAAUUCUUUGCUAACGUGAAAUCGGUCCUAAGCGGCGACACUCUAGUGCUAACCAGCCAGAGCAAUCCGAACGCAGAACGCGUUUUCUCCCUAGCCUUCGUCACUGGCCCUCAUCUCAAGAGAGAUGGCGACGAUCCCUUUGCAUUCCAGUCUCGGGAUUACCUACGGAAGCUAGUUGUUGGAAAAGUGGUUCAAUGCUCCAUUCUCUAUACCAUCCCCACGUCUGGACGAGAUUACGGUGUUGCCCAGCUCAAGGAUGGAACCAAACUGCCGGAUGAAUUAGUCAAGGCGGGCUGGCUCAAGGUCAGAGAAGAUGCAGGCCGUAAAGAAGAAUCCGAAGAGGUUCUGGAACGACUUGAGACCCUUCGUUCUCUAGAAGCAGAAGCUAAGGCCGAGGGAAGGGGGCUUUGGGAAGGCAUCGGUGGAAUUAUCGAAGUCCAAAAUGAUAUAAGCGGCCUUGAUAUCAACGAAUGGAAGGGCAAAAGUAUUGAUGGAAUUGUCGAGCGCGUUCUAAGCGGCGAUCGCCUUCUUGUGCGCCUUAAGUUGUCAGACAAGAAGCACCUGCAAGUUAUGACGCUUAUUGCUGGUAUACGUGCACCCUCUACAGAAAGGGUCAACCAGUCGACUGGUCAGACUCAACCAGCAGAGGAGUUUGGAAACGAAGCGCGACAAUACGUCGAACAGAGACUUCUUCAACGUGAUGUCAAAGUUGAAAUCGCCGGCACUAGCCCUCAGGGACAGCUCAUCGCCUCUAUCUUGCACCCUCGCGGCAGUAUUGCGGAAUUCCUACUUGCCGACGGACUUGCAAGGUGCAAUGAUUUCCACUCUACCCUACUAGGUCCGAAUAUGGCUGCUUUGAGAGAGGCCGAGAAGAAGGCCCAGGCGGCCAAAUUACGCCUCCACAAAGACCACGUAGCCAAGGCUGAAGGUGGUGGCUCAUCCGAUAUGAUUGUCUCGAAGAUCCAAGGAGCGGACGCAAUCUUUGUCCGUGCCAAGAAUGGCGCCGAGAAACGAAUCAACCUUAGCAGUGUUCGCGGCCCAAGAGCUAACGAGCCCUCUGAAGCUCCUUUCAGAGAGGAAGCAAAGGAGUAUCUCCGAAAGAAGCUAAUUGGCAAGCACGUAAAAGUAUCUAUCGAUGGUCAUCGACCUGCCAGCGAUGACUUCGAAGCACGUGACGUAGCUACUGUGACUGAGAAGGGAAAGAAUAUCAAUCUUCAGCUAGUUCAGGAUGGAUGGUGCUCUGUGAUCCGACACCGCAAGGAUGACACUGAUAGAGCCCCGAACUACGACGAGUUGCUUGCAGCGCAGGAGAAGGCGAAAGAGGAGAAAAAGGGUAUGUGGUCUGGAAAACCUUCAAAAGCCAGGGCGUACGUCGAUGUUUCCGAGUCCGUGCAGAAGGCCAAGAUCCAGCUUUCAACUCUUUCGCGUCAGAAGAAGGUUCCCGCAAUAGUCGAUUUCUGCAAAGCCGGCUCGAGAUUCACCAUUCUUAUUCCUCGGGAGGGAGUUAAGCUUACCAUGGUACUUGCUGGUGUUCGCGCUCCCCGAGCACCUCGUUUACCUCAGGAGAAGGGCGAGCCUUUUGGACAAGAGGCACUGGAUCUUGCGAACCGUCGGUGCAACCAGCGUGACUGCGAAAUCGAUAUCCACGAUAUCGACAAAGUUGGCGGCUUCAUUGGCGAUCUUUACAUCAACCGUGAGAGCUUCGCUAAGGUUUUAGUCGAGGAGGGUCUUGCAUCCGUCCAUCAAUACUCGGCAGAGAAAUCUGGAAAUGCCACCGAGCUUUUAGCUGCUGAGAAGCGUGCAAAGGAAGGUCGUAAAGGCAUCUGGCGCGACUGGGAUCCGUCACAGGAUGAAGAUGCUGAGGAAGAGACCGCCAAUGUGGAAGCUUCUAACGAUGCCGUGCCCACGGAUAAGCAAGCUUCCGAUUACCGAGAGAUAGUCGUUACUAACAUUGAUGCAAAUGGGAGACUCAAGAUUCAGGAGGUUGGAAAGGGAACUUCUGCGCUAGAAGUUUUAAUGAGCGAGUUCAAGAAAUUCCACCUUGACUCUAAGAACAACAAGCCCCUUGCCAAUCCUCCCAAGACUGGCGAACUUGUCGCGGCUAAGUUCUCAGCUGACGGUCAAUGGUACCGUGCGCGAGUGCGGUCGAAUGACAGAACUGCCAAGGUUGCCGAAGUCGUUUACAUAGAUUAUGGUAACAGCGAAAAGAUCCCCUGGUCUAGUCUCCGAGCAUUAGACCAGCCGCAAUUCUCGACGCAGAAACUCAAGGCGCAAGCCACCGAUGCGGUCCUCUCAUUCAUCCAAUUACCUACCGCCCCCGAUUACUUCAACGAUGCGCUCAACUACAUCUUCGAGGUUACAGAGGGACGAAAGCUCGUUGCCAGCUUCGAUUUCGUGGAUACGAAGGAAGGAUUGAGUUACAUCACUCUAUUCGACGAGAAGAAGCCUAGCAGCACUUUUAUAGACUCCAUCAACAAGGAUGUCGUGGCGAACGGCCACGCGCUCGUACCGAAGAAGUUGAAGGCAUGGGAGCGCGGACGUACUUCGGAGGAAGUGCUGAAGAAGCUGCGCGAAGUUGAGUCCCAAGCUAAGGCUGACCGUUUGGGUAUGUGGGAGUACGGUGAUAUCACCGAAGACUAG